AUAUGUUCUUGAGGUUGUUAUGAUUUACUGUCAUUACGUCUUCAUUUAACUGUUUAAGAUGUCCAAAAAUAAGAAUAUUCUCUGUUCCUUGAUCCUGAAGGAGAAUUACGGAGAGAUUACGGAAAAAGUGUGCCUAUUUUUGAUGAAGUACGGAGCCAGCGCCCUGGGUCAAAUCGUUCAGGGUACGCAAUUCCAGAAGAACCUGGUCAAAAAGGCCCUGGCGACUAUGUCCAAGCACAGUAUCGUUACCUUUAAAAGGCACAAAAAGGGGUUCUUUGAAUAUUCUGUAAACACAGACGCUGUACUUCACAGGCUGCGUUAUCAUCGGUACAUCUACUGCGCUAAAUUACUGUUUGGUGACGCCGCGGAGUUGAUCGUAGAAGAAGUGUUACAACAAGGCCAAGUGCUCAUGACGACAGUUAUCCAAAAGGUCACUAUCAAACUGAAUGAAGCGCUAGAGAGCUCUGGACAUCCGAGCAUUGGGGAGGAGAUUUCCAAAGAGAAAUUCGCAAGCUUGGUGAAAACUCAUUUCCUAAUGAGAUGUCCCGAUGUUCUGACAGAUGAUAAUGGAGUUGUCACUGGUUUGUCCACAGUUACAAGUGAGGAAGUGUUUAUUCUGCCGCCUGAGGAAGGAAAGAAGCGGAAGUUCUCUGAUGGUCACGGCGGGCAACCUACGAAGAAAUUAAAAACAUCAUCUGGUGCUGCAGUUGAAGUUCCAUCAGAUGAUGGAGUGUACUGGAUGGUGAACUUUGACAGAUUCCAUCAGUACUUUCGUGAUCAAUCAUUUAUCCAGGCCGUGGAAAACAAGAAUGAUAAACGGGCUGCUGAAAUUGUGCGAGCAAUCCUCCGUGUUAGUGAACUUAAAACUAACCAGUGGGCAUCAGUGACGUCACCUAUAUCUUUGAAUGAGAUUUACCAGGUGUUGCCGAAAGAGCUGGGCUUAACAAAGCAUAUGACAGAGCAAUACCUCUCUGUGCUUGGAGAUGACACGGCGCAGUUUGUAAGUCGAGUUGGGGACAGUGGGGGAGGUAUGUUCGUGGUGAACAUUCAGAAAGCCCUGACAACUCUGACCAAACUUCACAUUGAAUCUGUGAUACACGAGAGGUAUGGCUCAAAAACUCUACGUAUCUUUCGAGUCCUUCUGCUAAAAAAACAUCUUGAACAAAAACAGAUUGAGGAAUUCGCAAUGAUACCUGCCAAGGAAGCCAAGGAGUUGCUGUACACGCUGUUUUCUGCUGGCUAUGUCAACCACACAGAGCUGUCAAAAACUCCUGACCAUGCCCCUUCUCGAACAUUCUACCUCUUCACUGUUGAAAUAAGCUCUGUGGCUCGUAUGAUAUUGGAGAAAUGCUAUAAGGGAGUGACGAAUGCUAUCUUAAGGCGUGAAUAUGAGAUGACGGAAAACAAGCGACUCCUGGACAAGCAGCAGCGAGUGGAGGCGAUCGCGGCGUCUUUAGAACAGAGUGAGGCUGACCCUUCACAGAAAGAAGAGAUUGAGGAAAUGAUAUCUCCCCCUGAGAGAGCUCAAAUUGCCAAAGUAAAGACAAUGAUAAAUAAACUUGACCAAGCUGAACUGCAGUUGGAUGAAACCAUCUUUGUCAUACAGAUGUAUCUUCAUUACCUGACAUUGGACUCUCUUAAUAAAUAGAAAGUAAAGCAAAAUCAAUAUAAAUGUAUACCACCAAGACUAAUCCUUUGUUUAUUGUUGAUUUGUUAUGCAAGGCAAAACAAUAAAAACAGUGAAUGGUUUAUAUCUUUGACUGUAUUUGAUAGAGUACAUUUACAAACCAUAUAUCUAUACAAGGUCCAUCUAUUUGAGAAAUAUACUAGAUAUAUAAGCCUUUGUUUAAUACAAUAUGUUCUUUAUUUGUAUAAUGAUACAUGGUAGCAAUAAUGCAUUCAAACAUAUUGAUAUUACUGAUGUGUUUAGUUCUGCUCCUUCUGAUCAAUGUCUUAUUCAUUAUUUUUU